UUAAUUGGUGAGGUCGCGAAAUGAGUAUCCCUCUGUCUCAUUCGCCACCUGCAGGGACAGAAAACGGUCACACACGGAGAGAAGAUUGAUCAUCGCUUACCCUGGCAAAGUCUCGGUCGGUGAAUGUGUGGCCUUUGGUGUUCUGACUCAGCAGCUUGCGCAUCAGGGCCUCCCGGCCGGCCUGGUCUGGAAGAGGGACGUACGUGCGCAGAAGGAGGCGAUUGAGUAAGGCCGGGUCCAGGUAGGUCCCAAGGUCGCUUGGUGGCCCCGAUGACCUGGACCUGGUCCUCGCCCAUCGUGAGGCCGUCCAUUUGUGUGAGCAGCUCUCCCUUGAUGCGACUGCAUGCGAUGCACCGACAGGCACACAAAGGUCGAUACGGGCAAGUGUGCAAAUACACACGAUAUGGAAUUACUUGGCCGUUUCAUUGCCGAGCGGGGCACACUCACGGGCCACCUACGGAGAGGGCCUUGACGAGUCGCUCGCUCUCACCAUACCUACACCCACACAGUAGCGCAGAUGCAGACAGACAGACAGACAGACGGACACACACACGCGCACACACACACACACACACACAGACAGAGAGAGAGGCGCAAUAUCCCAGAGUGAAGAGACACAAAAGAGGGAGGCGAUGAAGGACGUACUUUUUCGAGCCGAGUGAGGCCGCGUCAUUGAAAAACGUGGCCUUGCACUGAUCGUCAUCAAAGGAAGAACAACGAGUGCAUAUGCAUGCACAAAGCAAGGCCUGGUUGACCUGAGAGGCCACCGCUUUGGCCGCCAUCGUCUUGCCCUUGCCUGGCGGCCCGAACAGCAGCAGGCCCUCGAAAGGCGCCAGCAGUCCUCUGAACUCUCCUCGGUAUUUCGUGGGCCACACGAACAU